UGGUAUGUAUUGCCUCCUAACUAUAGAUCAGAUCCACCAGACGAGAAACUCAAUUCCGCACUGCUGCUGAGUCGUCGGACUUAUCCACCAAGAGAUUCGUGGAAUUUCUGUGGAUUGCGUUGGGGGAAAUCUACCAAAGCUAGGCAGAUAGAUAGACUCCUUUCCCGCUGCUAAGAGAAAGCAAGAAAAAAAAUCAAAUGAUUGUUUUUUAAUCAGCGCCCCCUUUUGGGUAUGCAGAUACUAAGAGUCCUCUCACUACCAACCAGCAGACAUCAUCUGGCUGGGUCUUGCCGGUAUCAACAACGAGAAAAAAACAACCAAAUGAAACAGCAACUAACUAUGGCUCUUGGCCCAGACAACGCCCUAGGCGUAGGGGGGAUCGGAGCAACAGGGAACGCCUAGACGACGUUUUUAUUCCUGGGCAGCAGUAAGUAGAUCGAGAGGUCGUUCCGCCCCUUGUCCCCGAAGAUGGGUAAUUUGUUCUCAAUAAAAGUUGCUCCAAUCUGACCUAGCUGGCGAGCGAUCCCAGUUCGCGGCAGAGAACAAGACAGCAAGCGAGCGUACCUUUGUUCGCUUCUUCUCCACCAAGCACGGAAGUUUAAGGAUAACUGUAGGUCGGUGGCUACCUAAGGAAACUCCGAUUCGAUCCGCCCCCCGGCUGGGAGGCAUUUACCUCAUCCCGAUCACAAGGAGAGGUUCACCAUGAUGGGGGGUACUUCUUUUUUUUCCUUUUCGGAAAGAAUGAAAUGCAUAGGGGACCAUCCUUUUGUUGCGGCAUGCUCCUCAGAUUUACGGAUUCGCAGGGGGCCUCAGGCCCUACUUAGUUGACUGACAAUGACAAAGGCUUGCGAAACUAAGUAGGGCCUUUUGAAUUGAAUCUUAAGUCUAUCAGUGGUGCGAAGCGGCUUUGCCCCUUUUCAGUAGGGGAGCGAAAGGUUAGACCUUAGAAAGUCAGCGAACAGCGGUUCUUCUAUGUAGGUAUGGCGUUCCCCCUUUACUUUCCUAACGUCGAGCUAAGUGACUUCGUAACCUUUGCGUAGCGUAGUAGAAUGAAGGCUACGCACCGACGCUCUCUUAUCUAUUAGCCUAAGUGUCUUCGCUAACUCGCUCGCCUACUAUACUAUACCCUACUAUACAAGACAUUAGUAGGCUAGGCUAACUCAGCCGCUUACUUCUACUAAUGUAUUGUAUAGUAGCGCCUUUUCCUUUUUGAAUAACCCCAUUCUCAUUAUCUUUCAUAAGUAAAGUAGGCGAACCUAUAGGUCCUUAGUAGCGUUGACAAAGAAAAGAAGAACAGCCGGUUAAAAGACAGCGAAUCUUUUUAUUUAUAUUAUAUAUAGGCCAGCUUGACAAGCUACCCUUCCUCUUGAUCUGA